GUCGGCCCUGUUCCAUCUUCAAGCCCUCAAGGUACAUUGUGUCGCGUCUCAACAAAGAAGUAUGUUGUUCUCCAAAUAUCCCCCCCGACAGAAAACAAUCGCGCGCUUCGGGAGACAUACAAUGGUCGAGGCUCUUCAAUCCAGCAUCCACCACCACAUCCUUCGCCUUCUCGUCACUACUGACAGGUAGCGGGGCAACUGGGAGCUCUGAGCCCGAGCCCGAGCCGUUCGCAGGUUUACACAUGGAAAACGUCCGUUGCCGUCGUCAUAAAUUCGUUGUCGCUCGCCGUGUUCUCUCAGUUCCUUGGGUUAGUUAUGUGUGUGUCCGUACGUCGAAGAGCACUCAAGCCCUUUAAAAAAUAUCGCGAUAAACCUGGGGAGCGUGUAAAAGUCAAAAAAGCCAACCCAUUCGCAAUUCGGUUUUGCGUCGCAGCGGAGACCCGAUUUGUUCCUCCUCCGUCCCAGAUCCAACAACUUGGAAGGCAAAGGCAGCUCUGUCUGCAAACUCCCCUGGAUGCUUCUCCUUGGCAGCAGCCCUUAAAUUUAUCUUGCAGUUCGUCCGUCCCUCUGUGAGACCAAUACAAGGCGAUCAGUUAGUCGUGUGUUGUGCCAAAUCACAAGCUUGCGUAACUUCGACCCCUGUAUUACACGUUAAGUGUACUAUACCGUAAAAUAUACACCACCAAUUACAUCACUCAGUGGGAUAUCUCAUUCACACUUCAACUCGCUCACUCUUCAACAUCACACAACUCACAACCCAAACCCCAAAAUGUCUGUUCAAUACCCCCUCAAAGGCAAAAUCGCCCUCGUAACCGGUGCUUCCUCAGGCAUAGGCCACGCAAUCGCCAAACGCUUCGCCCAAGAAGGCGCCAAAGUCAUCAUGGCCUCCCGCAAAGCCGGCGUAAAGCCCAAGUUCGACCGCAGGCUCGUCGUAGGCUUCAACAAUCCCACCCUCCACGUCCCCUACCACAUGAACAUAACAGUCAAAGAACACUGGGAAACCCUCCUAAAACGUCACCCCAAAAUCGACAUGCUCAUCAACUCAGCCGGCAUCUCCCAAACCAAACUCCUCCUUCACACCGGCAAGUUUGAAAUCGACGAGCUCCUCUCCACCAACCUCCUCGGCACAAUCCUCGGCUGCAAGUACAUCGGCAAGUCCAUGAUCGCCCACACAACCGCGGCCCGCCGCUCAGCCAAAGCCGCCGCCGCCGCCCACUGGGAGUCCAAACUCUCUUCUCCCUCAACCCCAUCAUCAUCUGAACCAGUCCAAGAAAUUGACAUCACCACCGAACAAGCCGAGCUCCCCCAAAGUCAAAAACUCACCCCAGAAGAAGAGGAGGACGAAGAAACAACCCCCAUCACCCCCGAACCCCCCCAGCUCCACCCAGGAAGCUACAGAACUGGCUCCCAGGGCGUCAUCAUCAACAUCGCUUCCUUGCUGGCAACAAAAGCAAUCACAGGCAGCGCAGUCUACGCCGCCACCAAAGCCGGGGUUUUGGGAUUGACAAAUACUCUAGCAAUGGAGUACGGACAGUCGGGUGUAAGAGUCAAUGCUAUUGUACCAGGAUACAUCCAUACCCCAAUGACAAAAGAUAUGACCAACAUCGACAAAUUACAAAACCUCAUCCCCCUCCAACGCUUCGGCACCCCAGACGAAGUCGCCGAUGCCGCCUCCUUCCUCGCCAAAAACCAGUACGCUAAUAACUGCAUUCUCAACCUCGAUGGUGGACUCAGCGCUUGAACUCACCUCUCUCGAUAUUUCAAAGAGUCGGAAGAAUUAAUCAUCAAUGACAAUCGCCCCCCCACUACUACUACCACCAGCGUCCAAAGGCGCAUCGUCCACUAUGACGAUAUCGCCUUCCUCAUCAGCACCAGCAGCGAUUGUCUUGACCUUCUUCGCAAUCCCCUCUUCAUUAUCGGGGUGAGAGCGCUUAGCGGGCGUGACACCGUCAGUAGGCUUCUUGAGGGAGACCACAAGCGGGGGACUAUCGCUGGCAGCGCCGUUGGUUUCCGUAGCCGGCUGCUUAGGCUUGGCUGGGAUCUCGAUCUUCUUCUCAGAGGAGAAAACCCCCUUGACGGGUUUAUCCUCGAGGGGCUCUUUCCUGGAUGGGAUGUCAGUCAACUGGUCUGGUGAGGGAAAUAAAUAACCGAGACGUACGAUUCUGAAAGGGCGACAACCACAUUGACGAGCUCGUCAUCCUCGUCGGUAAUGGUCAAGAAGGAGUCAGAUUUGAUGCCUGUGUACAAUACUGUUAGAAAUACCCUGUAAAGCCUUCAUGAAUAACGAAACAGGAAAACAUACCAAGCUCGGACAACUUCUUCUCCA